AUGAACAUAUUUAUUGGAAAUUCCUCGAAAUAUUUCUUUCCAGUAUUCACUUUAAAUUCUGCAUAUUAUUCGGAUUACUACGCUAUGCUUUUUAUCAUUAUUCACAUACUUUUGACAUUUUUAUGUUGUUUAUUAACAAUUCAAGUUUGUUUGAUUAUUAAUUCAGUUCGUGUUUUCCACAGUAACAUGAGCAUUAUUAUCACUGUCAUUUUGGGACAAUGGUUUGAAGUUUUAAUUGCAAAAAUCAUCAUAUUUCCCUAUCAAUCUGGAUUUCUUACUGUAGGAAAAGACCGUGUAUUUCAAUCCUGGAUAACAGAUAAUCCAUCAGAAAUGCCACAGAUUUCAAAACCAUCUGAAAUUGUUCCACUAUUUGUUGGUGGAAUUAUGUUUUUGCAUUACGCCUUCACACUCACUUUUAGUGUUUUUAUAUUGACUUGUGAACGGGCAUGUGCAACGUUUUUUAUCACAGAUUACGAGAAAAAAUCGCGAGCAUACAUAUGCACAACUCUAUUACUCCUGACACACACAGCAACAUUCCUAUUAUCCUGCCUAGCCACUUGUGAAAUUUUGAACUUUACAACAGGUGUCGCUAUUUCGGGAGUUUUCAUCGUCGGCGCUGUAGUGAUUUACUUCAUAAUACUUCAUAUCAAUAUAUCAAUUCAAAAGCGACUAGACGAUCACGAUCAACAACAAAAAUAUUACUCUUUGGCAAUUAGGUUUCAAGCGAAAGAAAAUGCAAGAUCUCUGCAAUUGGCGAAGAAAGUUGUUCUAUUUGCGGCGUUUGCGAUUCUAUGUGGAAUGGGUUUAUUGAUAUUAGCAGCUAUGCAUUGGAUUGAUGAUUAUAUAAUUUAUAUUGUGACAGUUGCAGAAGCGGUUUUUAAUUUAAAUCCUCUCUUCAUCGUGCCUAUCGGAAUGUAUUCUGUGCCUGCCUGGCGUGACAGGUUCAUCAAGAAAACGCCGUUUCUUCUCCGAAUUCGGACGUUUUCCUCAAAGAAUACAUCGAAAAUUGCAGUUGUUGAGGAGAAUGAGGCCGCCAAGGAAACUGAUAUUUAUUUUAAUCGAUUGAGUGAAGCGUGGAAGUGA